GGCUCGCGGCAGCCGGCGGGAGCGGAGCGGGCGCGGAUGGCGGGCGGGGGUGCCGGGGACCCCGAGCGGCGGGCCGCCGCCUCCGCCAACGCCGCCGCCGCGGCGCCCGAGACCCGCGAGCACCUGUUCAAGGUGCUGGUCAUCGGCGAGCUGGGCGUGGGCAAGACCAGCAUCAUCAAGCGCUACGUGCACCAGCUCUUCUCGCAGCACUACCGCGCCACCAUCGGCGUGGACUUCGCGCUCAAGGUGCUCAACUGGGACAGCCGCACGCUGGUGCGCCUGCAGCUGUGGGACAUCGCGGGGCAGGAGCGGUUUGGCAACAUGACCCGGGUAUACUACAAAGAAGCUGACGGUGCCUUUGUCGUCUUCGAUAUAUCAAGAGGUUCCACCUUUGAGGCCGUUUUAAAAUGGAAAAGUGAUCUGGAUAGCAAAGUCCAUCUUCCAAACGGCAGUCCAAUUCCUGCUGUCCUUCUCGCCAACAAGUGUGACCAGAGGAGGGACAGUGGUCAGAGUCCUCCCCAGAUGGACCAGUUCUGCAAAGAACAUGGCUUCUCUGGGUGGUUUGAAACCUCUGCAAAGGAUAACAUCAACAUAGAUGAAGCAGCUCGGUUCCUAGUGGAGAACAUUCUCGAAAGCCAGCAGAGCUUUUCGAGUGAAGAAAAGGAUGCGGAUAAGAUCAAACUGAGUCAGGAGAAUAUCACGGCAGAGAGCAAAUCCCAGUGUUGCUGACCACUCUUGUCUGUCUCCCGUGGAAUGCAGCCUUGCUCCGUUCAGAGAAGAUCCCUAUUCUAAGAGUAGCCGACAGUGGCAGACUCCCUGCAUUGUGCAUUUCCUGGGGCUGUACUUCCAAGUGACAGCAAUGCCAUCCCUGGGAUUCCACACUGAAGUGGACCAUAGGUGGAGUGGUCUGGCUAUGCCUUAGUGCGUGUGCCUUAACCUGUCAUCAUUGCCAUUGUGUUCAGGAUAAUGUUUACAUCCCUUUAACUAUCCUUUUAUAUUUCCCUUAAUGGCAUCUCCUCGGGAUGCAGUAAGACUGCAGAAUUGUAAUUUUUAGGAUAUGCGCUGGGGUGGUAAUGAAACUUUAUCUACAGUCUGACAGUAGAUUUAUGAGUCUAUUUCUAUAUCCGUAGGUCCCUACUCUGUUGUCAGUGAGGCUUUUUAGACCAUCAGCCAAAGGAAGAGUUAGAGCUACUGAUAUUUUCUCUCCAGACCUUUGGGGUUUUUUUUGUAGAGAUUUUUAUCUUUAAGUAUUAUAAUUUGUCUACCCCUAGUUAGUGUGGCCUGUGGUUAUUACUCCACUUAAAUGCCAACCCUUUCUAAUAUCUCAAAAAUCACUCACAUCAGGCUGGUAGCCGGCUCUGGUUCUUACCAGUUGAAACAAUACAAAUGAAAAUUUGUUCUCUCUCUCCAGUCUUUUUUCUCCUUUCUUCUUUCCCCGUGUUUGUGUUUCUUUCUGGGACAUCUGACGGAUAUUUCCAACGUAGUUCUCUCCAAGUAGGACUAGUGUUUUCAACUCUACGAUAUAAUAGUUAUAGUCAAAGAAUUUGUUUCAAAUUAUAAACAAUUAUACCAUCACUCUUGUGUUGUUCUUGUGUGUGUGAAAGAAACUAGGUCAAGUGUGCUUUUUAUGCAGAAUUUUGAAUUUAAAGUGUAAUACAUGAGAAACAAAAUGCCAGAUUCAUGAUAUUAGUACUAAUUAGCAUGUAACCCAAUUAAGAAAAUGAAUAAGAAUUUUCAAUGAAACUUUGGUUCUGGAUUAAUGUUCUAGAAAUGUAAUGUGGGACAUGUUUUCUAUCUUCAAAAACUGUGUCUGUUCACCCAUGCCUUCUAUUUUUCAGGAACUUACUGAUAUUGUGUGAAAGAACCACUUAUUUCUUCCAAAGAAAAUUUAAAGGCCUUUGUGACAUAAUCCAGAGUUAGUGCAAAAUGACUUAUUAAAUAGAUUUGUCUUAUGUAUUACUGUGAACUUGAUAAAAAAACAUUCAUGGAUUUAUUGAAAAUAGGAAAAUUUCAGCAUAGAAUUGCGUUUGCUGUAACAGGAAUGUUUGAGGAGUAAAAAUUAGGAGUUGUCUUGGGUCAGAAACUAUGGUCACUCUUUCCGUUAAGCCGCUGAAACUUGUCCAGGAAUCAUAAAUGUGUUUCUGUAUUUUAUAUUGAAAUAAACUUUUUGACGCCUUUG